AUGCCGGGAUCCUGUUGCAGUCGCUCAGGGGCCCUGCUGCUGGCCUUGCUGCUUCAGGCCUCCAUGGAAGUGCAUGGCUGGUGUCUGGAGAGCAGCCAGUGUCAGGAUCUCACCACGGAAAGCAACUUGUUGGAGUGCAUCGAGGCCUGCAAGCCGGACCUCUCAUCGGAAAGGCCCGUGUUCACCAGCAACGGUGAAGAGCAGCCGCUGACCGAGAACCCCCGGAAGUACGUCAUGGGUCACUUCCGCUGGGAUAGGUUUGGCGGCCGGAAUGGCAGCAGCGGCGGCGGCGCCGCAGGGCAGAAGCGCGAGGAGGAGCAGGCGGUCGAGGGCGGCCCCGGGCUCCAAGGUGAUGGCGAUGGGCCGGGCCCCCGCGAUGGUAAGCGCUCUUACUCCAUGGAGCACUUCCGCUGGGGCAAGCCGGUGGGCAAGAAGAGGCGCCCAGUGAAGGUGUACCCCAACGGCGCCGACGACGAGUCCGCCGAGGUCUUCCCCCUCGAGUUCAAGCGGGAGCUGGCCGGGGAGCGGCCCGAGCCAGCGCACCGCCCCGAAGCACCGGACGAGGGCACUGCCUCCCGGGCCGACCUGGAGUACGGCCUAGUGGCGGAAGCCGAGGCGAUGUCGGCCGAGAAGAAGGACGACGGGCCUUAUAAAAUGGAGCAUUUCCGCUGGGGCAGCCCGCCUAAGGACAAACGCUAUGGCGGCUUCAUGACCUCGGAGAAAAGCCAGACGCCCCUGGUGACGCUGUUCAGAAACGCCAUCAUCAAGAACGCCCACAAGAAGGGCCAGUGA